CACACACACACACACACACAUCCUCUCUCUCUCUCUCUCUCUCUCUCUCAACACACGCACUAGCAAUUAGCAAAUUGCAAUACAACAAACCGACACAGUUGUUCAUUGUUAUCUCGCUCUCCUUCUUCUCUCCUUUUCCUCAUCCAUCUUCGCUCUCUGGCUUUGCCUUCAGAUGCCGUUUCCUCCGCCGACACUUUCAACCUCUCUUUCCUCGCCGCCGGUUUUUUGCUGCAAUCCUUUUUUAUAACUUUGGACUCCUCUAAAUUCUCUUUUCAUAUCUGUUGCUGGAGAUCCACACAAUUUCACUAAUGCACCUUUAAUUUAUCCAUUUUUCUUCCAUUUUUGGUCGGUCCGAACAAUAUUCCUGCUCAAUCUGCCAGCCCAUUCUCGUUUAGAUUUGGAAUUCAGUUUCACAUCUGCCUUUAUUUGGACGCGCAUUGUAUUAGAUUGGAUUUUUGGGAUCACGAAAUUGAAGUGGUCAGACAAAAUUAGCGAGGAGAGAGUUAGGUAUAUAGGGCGUAUUGGGAUGUGCAGAUUAAAGGACUGCGAAGAGAGCAACCGACGGAGAAAGUGGGGGAUAAUGGGGCUCAAAACGGCGGCGUUUGGGGGCGACAGAUUGGAGAAGCUGAGAAAUAGCGGCGUUGUGUCGCGAUCGAGAAUGAAGCUUUGGAUAAUUAGAGCGACUACAUCGAUUUUGCUGUGGACUUGCUUAGUUCAAUUGACGGCAUUGAGCGAAACUCGGGGGCUUCGUGUUUUGAAGGGCUGGCCCUCUUGCUUCUCGCAGGAAUCGUCGGCCGUCGCCUUGGAUGCUCAAUCGCAUCUUCUCAGAGUUUUGCCUCCAAAGAGGGUCUACAAGAACAAUGGUUACUUGAUGGUUUCAUGCAACGGAGGCCUGAAUCAAAUGCGGGCUGCGAUAUGCGACAUGGUUGCCAUUGCAAGAUAUCUGAAUGUUACAUUGGUAGUUCCUGAACUUGACAAGACUUCAUUUUGGAAUGAUCCUAGUGAGUUCCAAGACAUAUUUGAUGUUGACCAUUUCAUUACAUCCUUGAGAGAUGAAGUUCGGAUACUCAAGGAGCUGCCUCCAAGGGUCAAGAGGAGGGUUGAGCUAGGGAUCAUCUAUACCAUGCCCCCUGUUAGUUGGUCUGAUAUUUCAUACUAUCACAACCAGAUUCUUCCACUGAUCCAGAAAUAUAAAGUCGUCCAUUUGAACAGAACAGAUGCUAGGCUUGCCAAUAAUGAUCAGCCCAUGGACAUUCAGAGGCUCCGUUGCAGAGUUAAUUUCAAUGCUUUAAGGUUUACUCCUCAGAUAGAAGAACUGGGCAGAAAAGUUAUUAAAAUUCUUAGGAAAAAUGGUCCAUUCAUUGUGCUUCAUCUGAGAUAUGAGAUGGACAUGCUUGCCUUCUCUGGUUGUACACAGGGCUGUGGUGCGGACGAGGUGGAGGAACUAACACAAAUGAGAUAUGCCUACCCAUGGUGGAAAGAGAAGGUUAUAGAUUCUGAUAUGAAACGGAAAGAAGGUCUAUGUCCUUUGACACCAGAAGAAACUGCACUCACAUUACGGGCACUGGACAUUGAUCGCAAUAUCCAGAUUUACAUAGCUGCUGGGGAAAUCUAUAGAGGAGAAAGAAGACUAUCUAGUCUUAGAGCAUCAUAUCCAAAUCUGGUGAGGAAGGAAACAUUGCUGGAGUCUUCUGACCUUAGAUAUUUCCAGAACCAUUCGUCUCAGAUGGCAGCACUUGAUUAUCUUGUUUCACUGGAGAGUGAUAUCUUUGUUCCCACAUAUGAUGGAAAUAUGGCUAAAGUUGUUGAAGGACAUCGCAGACAUCUUGGAUACAAGAGGACCGUUUUACUGGACAGAAAGCGGCUAGUUGAAUUGAUAGACAGAUAUAAUUCGGGGUUACUGAAUUGGGAUGAGUUCUCUACUGCCGUUAAAGAUUCUCAUGCUCAACGUAUGGGAAACCCAACCUAUAGAUUGGUGAUUCCUGAUCGACCUAAAGAAGAGGAUUAUUUCUAUGCCAAUCCCUGGGAGUGUUUGCAAAUACAGAAUGAAGACGAACCACAGCAAGUGAGUAGUAUUUGAACCUUGAUAGGAAGAGCAGUUGUUUGAUGGACCGGGAGCACCGCAGAGCAGAGCAGAUUGACCUCUCAAGAAGGCGGGUUUUGAUUGGAAGGGCACUUCUUGAAGCUUGUAGGUAAAAUAUGCAACUUACAGAAAAUUGCAAAGAGAGGGUUUCAGGGGAGUGCUUGAUGAAGUUGUUCUUUUUUUAUCUAACUCAAUAAUUACAAUUCUUGUAUAGAGAAAAUCUACCCCCUCAUUUAAAGGGGGUUUAUAUCGAUUCCUCUGCAUUGUACACAAAGAGAAGCAAAUAUACAGAUUUGAUUUACUGUCAACUAUGUAAUUUAAAAUUUUACUCAUUUUAAAUAUUAGUAUAUUAUUUUA